AUGCGACUUUCUGGCGAGGAAGGCACGCCUCUCGACCACUCCGGUCCCUCGAAUGGACCAGAAAUGCGCCAGACCGGCUCAGGACUGGUCGACCCUCUCAUCGUUAGACCACAAACUUACUAUGGAGAAGGACCCUUUGACCCCCCAAGUUCUGACGACGAGGACGACAUAAUUGUGAGACGCGGCUCCCAAGAAGAUGACGCAGAGAGCCUGUCAUUGCUUCCCGUCAAUAAAUCGGUACCAACUUCUCCAGGAAGGGCAGAGAGGGGAGAUGUAAGUCCACGUCGAAGUGCGACUUAUGAGAAGAGCCGCUCUUCCGUCCGACUCCUUGCUAUUAUUCUCGUCACUUUGGUCUCUUUGGCUGCCUUGAUUGGUGUACUUGCUGGAUUUGCAUACAGCGGCAAAUCCUACUUCACACCCGGCCGUCGAAGGAUCACAAUGGAUCACAUAUUCAACGGAACCUUCUGGGCCCGUCAGCCGGACUUGAAUUGGGUUGCAGAAGCUGGAGAUGGCGUCUUUUCUCUGUCAGAAGGUGGAUACAUAAAGCUUGUGGAUCUUAAAUCCAAUACCACAACGAAUCUCGUCAGAAAUUCAGAUGUUCAAGAUGAACAUGGAAACCCUUUAUGGAUUUCAAACUGGAAAUUGUCUGACGACAUGAAGUAUCUACUUGUGAAAGCAGAUUAUCGAAAGCAAUGGCGUUGGUCUAGCUUUGGAAAUUACUACGUACACGACAUUGCACAGAAGACAACACAUCCUAUUAUACCCCCUUCCAACCCUUCUAAGACUGCAUACGCUACCUGGGCACCUACCGGAAAUGCUAUUGCGUUCGUGACGGACAACGAUCUCUAUAUUCUCCCGUCUGCGGAUCCAAAAGCUACCCCCAUUCGUGUAACAACCACCGGCAACGCUUCCCUGUUCCACGGUGUCCCAGACUGGGUUUAUGAAGAAGAAAUCUUUUCCGCUGAUUAUGCCUUGUGGUGGUCGCCAGACUCCAAGAAGGUUGCUUUCCUUGCCCUUGAUGAAACAGCGGUGCCGGAAUUCACGUUCCCGAUAUACAAUCCGACUGAAGAUGCCAAUGCUGUAAUUCCAUACACAGAGGAAGUCGUCAUGAAGUAUCCUAAACCAGGAUACCCUAACCCACUCGUCUCUGUGCACAUAUUCGACCUCGAAAAGUACCUGGAAAUCGACGCGGGCUCUGGCAUUGAUGCUAAAUACGAGAUACUCACUCUUGAUUGGGAUCAACGACAUCCCAUUACGAACAGCAUCAUCUCGGAAGUCACUUGGGUGGGAAAUUCUUCAUUGAUGCUGAAAGAAGUAAAUAGAAAUGCAGAUGAUGGCAACGUUGUGUUAUUUGAGCUGGAAGGCGACUCUUUGGCUCGAGCACGAGGCACUGUUGUCAGAAAACUUGGAAAAAACGGCGAACAAGGAGAUAGCGGAUGGAUUGACCAUGAUCAAAGCAUAUACCCAGUUCCCGUAGCGUUGUCGGCAUUUGCAGGCACUAAUGCUUACUUGGACAUUGUGCCAACACCUGAUGGCUACAACCACAUUGCAUUAUUCAAUCCCGCCAACUCCAAAACUCCACAAUUCCUUACGAGCGGAGAAUGGGAAGUUGCAGGCAAUAUUAGAGGCGUGGAUGCGAAGAAAGGUUUGGUAUACUUCGUUGCUGCUAAACCAUCGACAGAGAGACACCUCUUCUCCGUGCCAAUACCUACUUCAAGCUCUCAGAAGGCGGUGGAACCUCAACCCCUGACGGAUGUUACGAAACCGAGCUACUACAACGCUAAGUUCUCGCCAGAGGCGGGCUUUUACGUGUUAGGCUAUCUUGGACCGGGAACACCUUGGACCAAGGUCGUUGACGCCAAUAAGACUGACUUCGAAUUUGUUUUGGAAUCCAACAACGAUUUGAACAACGCGACCCAGGAGUAUGAAGCAGCGAAUAUCGUACAUUCCACGAUCAUCAUUGACGGAAAUGAAUUAAAUGUAAAGGAGCUUCGGCCACCUCGAAUGGAUGACUCAGGGCGGACAAAGUAUCCUGUACUAUUCCGUGUGUACGGAGGCCCGGUAAGCCAGCUCGUGGAUCAGAGGUUCAGUCGGGACUGGCACGAGUAUCUUGCGUGCGGGCUGCAGUAUAUCACUGUCACGGUCGACGGACGCGGUACGGGGUUCAAAGGGCGUAAAUUGCGUAAUCCGGUCAAAGGAAACCUUGGAUUUUGGGAGACGAGGGAUCAGAUUGAAGCUGCGAAAGCAUGGGCUAAAAAACCGUAUGUUGACCCGAAGAGGAUAGGGAUUUGGGGAUGGUCGUACGGAGGAUUCAUGAGCUCCAAGGUGGUAGAGGCGGAUGCAAAGAUACACUCAUUGGCUAUGGCGGUCGCGCCUGUGACGAGCUGGAGGCUGUAUGACUCUAUCUAUACGGAGCGGUACAUGAACGUGCCCGAGCUGAACGCGGGGGGGUAUGUGAAUGCGUCGAUCUCGAAUGUGGAGGGGUUUAAAAAGGUGGAUUAUUUGCUUGCGCACGGGAGCGGGGACGACAAUGUGCACUAUGCGAAUAGCGCGCACUUGCUGGACAUGUUUACGCGGGAGCAGGUACGGGGGUUCCGAUUCAGGAUGUUUACUGACAGUGACCAUAGCAUCAACCGGAGGGGAGGACAGAGAGAGGUGUACGAGUAUUUGACGGGGUUCCUUGUGGAGAAAUGGGGAAAGGGGGCGCGGAAAAGGGAGUAG